ACACACACAUGUAUAUUUACUAACGUUGGAGGGGAAAGUGUGUAGUUGUGGCUGGAGGGAGUGUACGAGGACCUUGUGUGGCGCUCCAGGUGAAGGUGAGGAGCCAGACGUGGGUGUUGGUUAGCAGGAGAGUGAUGGUCGGCGUGUUGUGUGACCCACUCCUCCUCCUCCCCGCCACCUCUCUGCUCACCUACGAGUUAAAAAGUGGAAUAUGAUUAAUCGUCGAGCGAAGUGUUUUGCGUGUGUAACAAUUGAAAGUAAAUAUUAUUGAAGAGAGUGAUAUAUUUUCUUUGCGAUAUUAAGUGAUAACGUGUGCUAUAUUUUGACAAGAAAGGAAGGAAUAAGAUAUCUUGAACGCUACUCAUACAGUCGUCAAGAUGGAUCAUAUUUUUAAAUUUGAUAAAGGCGGGUCGUUGGUGUCAAGCCUGCGUCGCGGUGCCUCCCUGCGCAGGAUGUCGUGGCUGCCUCGACGUCCUCACCUGGAGUGCAAGUCCUGGCUCACCUCCCUCGACCUCCCGCAGUACAUUGGGUUCUUCUCAAGGUUCGACGGCGUUGAGGACAUCCUCUACUAUGAUGAGGCGGCCAUCAAGGAGCUGGGUGUAAGGCAUCAGGCUCACCGCGUCAAGAUCAUGUCCUCCCUCGCUGGCCUCAGAGACAAGUGGGAGAAAAACCACAAACUCAAGGGCGUGGACCCCAACCCACGCCUGAGCCUGGUAGAGGAGCGUAACCGGCGCCGACCACUGCCAGACCCGCUACUACACCCAGACGUGGUCCUCAGACAGGGGGAGGGAACCUAUAGGAGAGAUGCCAGGAAGAGGGAGGCGGCCUUGCUGAGUCCCAACACUAUAUUCAAGAUGUCCUUUGACCACCUGGAGAAGGAAUCUGUGGAUGUGGUGGCGGAGACUGGAGAGCUACGAAAGCUGCUGGAGUGGGAGCUAAGCCUCGACUCUGGUGAUCUUCGUUCUCAUGCCUGGUACCACGGCACCAUCCCCAGGGCCCGUGCUGAGGAGGUCGUUCUCAAGGAUGGCUCCUUCCUCAUCAGGGACUGCAUCUCCCAGCCCGGUGACUUUGUGCUGACCUGCCGCUGGUCCACCCAGACUCUACACUUCGUCAUACAAAAAACUGUUGUACAGCCCAACACAGUGUAUGAAAGGAUACAAUACCAGUUAGAAGAUGAUGCCUACGACUCUAUCCCUGAUUUGGUGAGGGCAUAUGUGGGAGGCAAGAAACCUAUCACAGUUUCAUCUGGGGCUCGGAUCUCAACCCCUGUCAAUCGCACAGCACCAUUGAGUUUCUAUGCUUCCAAAUAUGCUGCCCAGACUGCCCACACCUUCACACAUGGAACUCUCAGUCGACCAAGUAACAGAGCAUCUGAACCAAUUCCUGGGGGAGGUUUGAUCGGUGGGAACAUGCUGAGGCAUCAACACUCAUACAGUGGCCCAGUAGGUGUGGGCUGCGCCAUAGUGAGGAGCCCUGCCCACUCUCCACCCAGGACACGACGAGACACGGCACCUUUAUUACCCAUUAAAACACGGAGUAGUAGCACUUCUAGACCUCCAGAUGAGCCGCCUGAGGGAGGAACAGUGCCAACAAGAAUUGAUGAGAAGAGCUGCAGUAAUGAUGGAGUAAUCGGCUCUCGUCCAACAGUUGAACAAAAUAAAUUUACCUCUCAGUCAUUACCACGAAAGAUGACAACGAAAUCCUUCUCCAUCCCUUCCGAACACCUUUCACCUAUAUCAGCAGAGCCAACUUUGGGAGGCCACGAAGAAGAUAAACCAAUAGAAAAAUCAACAGAGGAAGAACCUCCUCCAAAGCCUUCACGUGUUCCAUCUUUUAAAACUAAGCCCAAGAAGCCACCACAACCAGUUAUUAAUGAACGAUUAUAUGCUGAAAUCGAUGAACUUGACGAAGAAGAAAUGAAAGACUUAAAGACUGAGGACGUGAAGACUCCUACAGCGAGUAGUGAGGCCGACAACAAUGUUAAAAACAGUGAAGUUAUUACAGGGUGUAUGGACACAACGUCAACUCCCCGACAUUCCCGCUUGUCAGAGAUGUACCAACCUUCGGGGUCAGAUUCAGGCAACGGUUCUGGUGACUCUGUGCAAACAUCUGCCAGUGAUGCCAGAAAUCGAGACAGCCAAGCUUCCUUUGGUGAUACUGGCAGUGUUCAGCUGGAGGAGGACUCUGUGGUAGAUGAGGAACCUGUGCUCUUUUCCUUACCAGAGUUGGUCUCCAUCACAGCGUUUGAUCUCGAGAACUUCAAUACUCUCCUCCUAAACUCCAUAGAAAAUAAACCUCUUGAUGCUACAGCUCUCAAAGGGGUGAAGAAUACACUUUUAGAGAGUGGAUCAAGAGUUUUAGCAGCCCACCUAACUCGGGUUGACUUGGAAUUGCUAAAUGGUGCGGGUGAGAAUGACCUCGGUCUUGGGGUGACAUCAGGCAUUGAGCUUAUCACACUUCCACAUGGGGCACAGCUCAGGACAGACCUUAUUGAGAGAACUGAGUGCCUGAAACUUCUGGUUGCUGUGACCAUACUGUUGACUCCAGAUCUGAAUGAAAGAUCAGAAGUUAUACAUCGCUGGAUCCAGGUGGCAAUAGACACUAAGACAGCCAUGGGGAACCUCUAUGGCUUUACGGGUAUCAUGUUGGGCCUGUGUGUUCCAGAGAUCCAGAGGCUAACCAGCACGUGGCACACAGUACGACAAAAAUUUACUGACUCUGCAUUCAACUUUGAAUCCAAGUUAAGGUCAACUUUGAAGGCAAUGAAUGAAUGCACAAACCCUCAGGCACCAAACACUACCAUUCCGCACAUCCUUCCGUUCAUACUAUUGUGUGAGAGGGACCUUAAUGAUAUCUACUCCAUGCAUAAACAUGGUGCUUCAAUACUCCAGUGGGAGAGUACAGCAUCUGACUAUGGGAUGCAGAUGCUGUUCUCACAUCUGCAAGAGACCAGGGCUGUCACACAGAACUUGACUCUCUAUCGCCGCAAUGCAGAGCACAUCUUGCCUGACUCCAACACUCUUGACGACCUUACUCUUGACAUGUUCCGAACAGAGUUUCACCUUAAGUUCCUAUGGGGAAGUAAGGGUGCUGUUGCUGACAGUGAAGAGCGACAUGCAAAAUUUCAGCAAGUUGUUAGCACACUGUCUGAACGAUGUGAACCAUCUCUUGUUGCUUCAUGAACCUGUUUUGCUCAAUAUUGUAUAUUCUUUCAAAAGAAGAGAUAUGAACAUCUAAGGAAGCCAUAUCUAUAUCUAAAAGGGAUGUGAAUUUCUCAGUAAAGAUUUACCAUUGGAGAAUUCAUUAUAUAAAUGAGGAAUAAAGACAGUUAAUUGAUGAUAAGCUAUAGCUGUAUUUGUCAUGUUUUAAGUACCUUCCUGCAGUAAGCUGUGGGAUAUUUCCAUCACAUGAAUGCUAGUUACUAAUCAAGUCUUUAUUAUUAUUAUAAUUAUUUGUAUUUGUUGAAUAAUAUUGUGACUGCAAUGUUUUGAGACCACAGAUGAAUAUUGAAGGAAGGUCAUAUUCAUCUUUAAGUUCCUUACCUACACUUCCAUUACAAAGUACGUACUGUACCAGUAUGUUUCUGCAGGUUACCACCGAGUACUCAGAGUAAAGUCCAUGGCAUUAAAGUGAAUCUUUACAUAUCAGAGUCAUAUUUAAAAUAAUUUUGUUUGGGAUUGAGGUUGACAAGACUUCACUCUUGGUUGUUGUGAAUUUGAAUGAUACAGCUCAAGGACUGAAUGAUGCUCACAAUAAAUUUUUCCUAGAAGUAAAGAAGAUAAGCAGGUGAAUUAUGUAAUGUGCUCUGGGACGGUAAUCUUUCAGCACAAAUUUUGUGAUUACUUACUAAUAGUAAUAAGGAAUUUAGAUGUGUUUGUGGUUGAUAAUGCAUUCCUUUUGUAGAUACAUAUACUGUAUAAAAAUUAAUGAGUAUCAUUUUUUAAUGGAAGAAAUUGAAUUCUGUUUAUUUAUCAAGGUUCUAAGACUUCAAAGAUAAUUUUGCAAAGUGUCUUUGAAAUUAAUGCAUAACAGAAAGGUGCUUAUUUACCUGGUCAGUGACAUAAUCAUAUUUUAUAGUUUUCUUACAAAGGAAUAAUCUUUAGGGCAAAGCUACAGUUAACCGCACACAGACAAAAGACCAUAUACUAGACAUUGAUGUGUGUACCUUUCCCUUGCUUGCUAGUUAACCAUGUACUGUAAAGAUUUGUGCUAUGCAAGAGGUCAACUGAAUCACAUAAGGCUUUGUGAAUAAAGCCCUACAUCCUAUCCCAUUAUAGUAAAUUGUGUAUAUUCAGACAAAUAAUCUCCUUGAAUGGAUGUUGAUCUUAACUGAUUGUGAACUUUUAAUCAGGUUAUUGUUGUCUGGGAGAUAUCCCUGUUUUUGUGCAGCUUUUGUCCAACUCCGUAAGCUCAGUUGUUCUUUCGGCUUAGCGGUGUUUUAACUGUACUUCAGAAUCAUACGCUGAUUAGUUCUAGUCACAUGACAAGCUGGUAUGGUGUACUAAUUGUCAUACGGAAAUGUACAUAGUUUUGACUUUGUACUUAUUGUAAAUAAAUGAAAAAUAAAAAUAAUUUGUAUCCUUUAUGAAUCAUUAUUGGGACACUAAUGAUAUUAGGAAAUAUUGUUGUGUGCCAAACAGCUUUACAAACUCGGGGUUACUACUCCGGAGGAAUGCACUGAUGUAGGACUGAACCUGAAAUCCCAUUUUAUAACUGAGGAAAGGAUUUGGCACACAUGUAUAGGGGUCCAUUUUAUCAGUGUUUUGUUAUAAGUUACAGAAGAGAUCUUUUUCACAUCACUUUGUUUCAUUAUACAUACAGUGUCAUUGGUCAUCGUCUGUUAGUGCAUGAUUACUGUAUUUGUUGUGGAGGAUCCGAGGAACAUUCCUAACUCGGUAUGGCCAGACCAGCUCAACAGAAAUAAGAAGGAUUUUGUGCUUACUGUAUUUAAUUAAUCUUCCCUGACCUCAUGCCUCCAAAGUGCCCAACAAGUAACAGUGCAGUGCCCAGCAUAAGGAAAGCCCGGAUAACUAUUACCUUAGUACUAAUGGGAAGUUUUACGGCAAUUUGAAGCUGGUGACCGAACUGUUCACAUUGGUGCUGCUCUAGGCUUGCCUUCCACCAUGGUAAUAUUUAUCCAGAGUACAGUAGUGCCAAGAAAACUAGCAAGUACCAAAGUCAGUUAAUGAAAAAUAUGGAAAGUCUGGUUGUGAUACAAGCAAUGUUCUCCACCUUCACAUGUGAGUAUACCUGUGUUGUAUGUUUGAUUGUAAUUAGUUUUUCACUUCUUUCAUCUGGUGAAAAAAUUCUCCCUGGAACCUUCCUUACCCCUAUUUGCAGUAUUUAUUAUGAGGAAAAGUUAUUGUUCGUUUAAAGCACUGUAGCAGUUUUCGGGAUAAACACAUAAUUCGACACUGGUCCAUAUGAUUUUUUGCAGGGGGUUGCAAGAGAGCAAAACAAGCGCCUGACAUAUCAGUUUAUUCAAAAUGUAUGAUUAAGUAUAACUGAGUUACCGUACUUUUGACUACUGUACUGUAUGAUCAGCAAUAUCACUUAUCAGUGUUAUCACCAAAUUAUUUUCACUAAAAUUAUCACAGGGUUGAUCUUAGGCAUUAAAAACUAACAAUAAUAAUUCAUUUUAUAUCAUUAAUCCUGAUAAACUGGGGAUGACCAAUGCUCACUGUCUGUUACAAAUAGUGACUUGCUCAGAACAUUAACAGUGAAAUUUCGAUGGUGCAUAUCAGCUCCAAAAUUAUCAAUCACGUCUUCAAUGAUGGCUUUCUUUCUAUUUUAACACCUUCUAGCGUGCACACUGAGAAUGCACAAUCCAGACAAACGUUCAGUUGACAUUGUUAAUUGAAGCCAUGUAUUGGCACAUCUCAGCAUGCUAAAUGACUGCUCUACUUCACAAGUGGAAGCUGGAAGUGUCAAGAUCAAUAGGGCUUCUCGAAUAGCAGGAAACAAAUCACACUGUUUAGAAAAUCUGUCAAGGAUAAGGUUGCACUAGUGUAAAAGUUUUGGAUUACCCCCUGGUUCAAGUUACUCCUGCAAUCAUUUGAACCUUGGUUGAAAAUACCCACUCCAGUUUCAAAUAACCCCCUAUUUCUCACAGCUGAUUUGGCCAUGUAGAUAAAAAGAUAGACCAUAUUUUAUUGAAUGCUUGUUUGUUUUGUGUGGUUAUUCAAAUACAGAUAUUGAGUUUUUAAAAUGUAAUUACAGUAGACCCUUGCCAUUUGCAAUUCACAAUUUUGACUAUUUGUAGUAAGCAGAUGGUGGCUAGCUUGCAAGCCUUUUCCCGUAGCACAACGAGUGACCCCACGCAGCAUCUCGUGUUGUACUCUCAAAACUUUAGUAUUUCUGUGUGAAAUGGCCCCGAAAAGACUGCCUGGUGUCAGUACUAGUGAUGCUAGUGGAGUGAAAUGUAAAAGGCAGUAGUCAGUGAUGACUCUGACAAGGAAAGUUUUAUUAUUAGAUAAGUUAAGAGGGAUGAGUGCUGCCGCAGCUGGUCAGUUGAAUGGCAAGGGUCUCCUGUAAUUGUAUCUAAAAUAUCAAUUUUAUAAUGUCAAUGACAAAUUUUAGGCAUCAAAAGACUUGUUUAAAAUUUGAUUAAAUACAUUAAUACUGAACUCAAUGUAUCAUGAGUGUAGUCCUAGAGAGGACAUCACAUGUGUGUGUGUUGGCCCAUAUUCGUAGACAUACAUAUGCAUGUGGAAUUCGCUUUUUACGUGAACAUAAGGCCUUGCCCAAUAUGGCAAGUGUUAGGAUCCAGCGUUGGAUCAUAGCUCUGGCAGCACUUGGAGUUUCAAUGUGGUGUGGAUAUUAGUAAUGCUGAUGCCUUAAGUAGGUUACCACUACCAUAUAAACCCAACUCUGUUCCACUUCCUACUGAUAUGGUUCUGUUGUUGGAGCAUAUUGAAGGCUCACCUGUUAAAGCAAGUCACAUUAGGAAGUGGACUGCUAGUGAUCCCAUUUAUUCAAGAGUGUUAUCCUUUGUCAAAUGUGGUUGGUCUACAAUAAAGGAGAUAUUGUU